CAAUUUUUAGAAGCCGAUAGUGAUUACGACAGCGAUAAUGAGAUCAAACAGCAAUUUUUUGAAGCAGAUAAAUUAAUCAAAGAAUUUCCAAUUAUUACACAAAAACAUGAAAAUAAUAAGUAUACUUCUAAACUUAUUGAUACGAGAGGAAUUGUUUCUGAGUUGGAAAGUUUUAAAAGUAAUCAAGAUCUUAAACUAAGUAAUUUUAAACCAA